AUGUAUGCCCCUAAAGUUGGUGACAGCGUCCAGAGUCUGGACACGCCCUCCAUGGUCGUCGAUCUCGACCUCAUGGAGGCCAACAUAAAAAAGCUCACAGACAAACUGCUACCGACUGGUGUCUCGAUACGACCUCACCUCAAGACCACCAAGAGCGCCAUUCUGGCCAAGAAGCUUGCCGCUGCUGGGUGCAAAGGCGGCUGCGUGGCAAAGUUGAGCGAGGCCGAGGUCAUUGCAGAAGCCGGCUUUGAUGACUUGCUCAUCACCUGCGAGAUCAUUGGUGCCGCCAAAGUCAAGAGACUUGUUGAGCUGUACCGCAAACAUCGCCAGAUCCGCAUUGUGGUGGACAGCGCACUCGGCGCCAGCGCCAUCAAUGAAGCGCUUGCAACUUCGGGCAUCGAGCAGCCGAUCAAUGUUUUGAUAGAUCUAGACGUUGGCCUGCAUCGGACAGGCGUGGCAGCGGGUGAGCCUGCCUUGGCUCUGGCGCGGCAUGUCAGGACAUUGAAGCACCUCAAAAUCAUUGGUAUUCAGGGUUACGAGGGCCAUCUACAGCACUUGCACGACCGCGCCGACCGCGAACAGCAGUGUUUAGAAUCGAUGCGUACGCUGACGAGCACGGCCGAGGCGCUGCGGCAGGACGGCUUCGACAUGGGCGUGGUCACGACGGGCGGGACAGGAACGGCCGAGUUCUGCGUCACGGUACCGGGUGUCAACGAGGUCCAGCCCGGAUCCUUUAUCUUCAUGGACACUGACUACCGCAACGCAGUCGGUCCCUUUUACUCCAACAGCUUGACCAUCUUGUCCACGGUGCUCAGCCGCCAAGGCCCACGGGCCGUCACCAUUGAUACCGGCCUCAAGUCGCUGACCACGGACAGCGGAUUGGCCGAGUGCAAAGACGCGCGCUACGUAUAUGGCGUCCUGGGCGAUGAGCACGGCUCGCUGACUUGGGAGAAUGAUGGCACCCCGGCGCUCGAGGUUGGCGACGUUGUGGAGAUGAUCCCCAGCCAUAUCGAUCCAACCAUCAAUCUGCAUGACUUUUACUAUGCGCAUCGAAAGGGAGUCAUUGAGGAAAUCUGGCCGGUUGACUCGAGAGGAAAAGUGCAGUAG